AUGUUUGCUCUUCAGAUGUUCUGCGGGAGGACAACCAACACUACCCUCAACAAGUGUUACUCGGUACAGCAAGACACAGAACCCCUGUUACAACAACAGGGCAUCUUAACUUCCCAAAUAGCCGACCUGAACAGCAGACUCACAACAGGCCGGAACUUGGAUGAGGAGUACAAACUUCUCAAAGCCAACAAAAAAGCAGCCCUUGUUUUAAACAAGGACCUUGAAAGCCAAGUGAAGAGACUGCGCUCUCAACUGCAGGCUCAAAUAGCCUUGGAGGAGAAACACAAGGCUGGUGAGGAGGAAAAAGAAAGACUCCAGGAGAAAAACACCAGCCUGAAGCUACAAGUCGAGGAGCUUCAGAAGAAACUUAAGGACAAGAAGGUGUUAGAGGAAGAGCACAAGCUGGCCAAAAAGGAAAACAAGGCAUUAACCCAGCAAAAUUCAGCCCUGGAGAAAACUGCAAAAGAUCUCAAGCUGAAAAUUUCGAUUCAGGAGACGCUGGAAGAGAAAAUUGAAUUGGUCCAGGGUUUGAACACAGCCCUGGACAGAAACAUCUUUGAGGCGGAGCAGGAGGUAAAGGAGUUGACAGCCAAACUGGCAGAAGAGAGAACAAUGAAGCAUCAAUACUCAAGGUUGAAGGCUGAGAAAAAGGAAAAGAGCAAGCUAAAUUAUGACCUGCACUGCAGAGUCAUGGAUCUUAGGGAGCAGUAUGAAAUUGCAAAACCAAGGCUUCAGAGAUACUACGACCUCAAAGACUUAACAGUCAGUCUUCAGGCCGAAAAGGAGAGUCUGAUGAAGCAGUUCCAGGAUCUCCUGAACCAGCUCAGGAGACAGGGUGACCUAGGCCGAGCAUAUAAUGAGACAAUGUCAGUAAAAGAGACGAUGAAGCAAGACAUCUCUGUCCUCCGCUUCAAAAUCCAGGAGCUCCGCAAAGAGCUUCAGGGUUCUGAGGGCCCUGAGGGCAGACCUCAAGCUGAUCCUGCAGACAGACCCAGCAUUGUCUCCAACAACUGUCCUGGCCAGAAGAACAGCAAGGCUGAAGAUCUUAUUAUAAAUAAAAAGAGCCCCAAGAACCCCACCCCAAUCUCUGAUCCUGCAACUCCCACCCCAAUCUCUGAUCCUGCAACUACCACCCGAUCCCUGAUCCUGCAGCUCCCACCCCUGAUCCCUGAUCCCCCAGCUCCUACACCUGAUAUAUAUAUAUAUAAUAAAUAA